AUGGCAUUUUUAUCCAGAAGCUUCUUGAUUGACUGGCUUAAGGAGAAUAGGGUUGUUAUCAGUAGGAUUGAGGAAGUUGGAACAGGUUUACCACUAAUCAACCUUAUUAAUUCCAAAGAGACUGAGAAAAUAACAAACUACAAGCAGAAUCCUAAGACGGAACAGGACUUUGUGUACAAUCUAACAAGGGUGAAAACAUAUUACGAGGGAAUAGGGAUGAAAAUAUGCAUGCCAGUUGAGAGAAUGGCAAAGCGUAGACUACAGGACAACUUAGAAGUGUUGCAACUGGUUUAUAAUCUGUAUGAAAAGAGGGAAGUAAAAAGGAAUGGGAGUGUAACAACUGUAAUGAAUGAAAAGAAGAGUAGGCCAAUUAACAGGGUGGAAUUGAAAGACCCUCAUAAAGAUGUCAGUGAGCUGCAUAAACAAAAUGAGGAGUUAAACAAACAAAAUGAAGAGCUGUUAAUGCAAAAUGAGAAGUCACUGAGUGAGUUGAACAGACUCAGGUACCAAUUGGCUCAGGGCAAAAGCAGCACCGAUGAGAUCGAUCUGUACAGGACAAUGCUGGAAGAAACCAAGAAGAAGUGUGGUGCAAAGGUUGAGAAAUAUGCGGCAAGCUUCAUCAAGUUUGAAAAUGAAAUCCAUUUCUACUACAAUAAGCUGGUUGAAGUAGAGAAGCUAAUUAAGGUAGAAAUGGACGAUGGUGAUCUAAAGAGAAGGCUACUUGAAUUGCUCUACACCGACAAAUGA